AUGAAAACACCCGAAUUUAGUCUAGAUUCCUUAAAAAAAAACAGAAAGAAAAAGAAAAAAAAGUUGGGAUAUGACAAGCUAAGCAGUCACUACUUCUUGAAACUUCCGAUAUUCAUCAUCUUGAUGAUUGUAUUUUCAUUAAAUGCGUUUAUAUAUGUGUUAAUAAGGUUUUUCAUAUUUAUUUUUGAAAAUAUAUCAUUUUUCAUAAUAACCAAGUAUACGGAUUUUUGUAGAUGCGUUAGAAAGAAAACAAAUGAUGGAUGGAGAAGAUGCAUAUAUGUAGGGAAAUGGAAAAAAACAAUUCAAAAGAAUAAGUAUGAACAGAGAGAGAAAGAACAAAAUGAGUUCCAUGAGAAAUAUGAAAGCAUAUUCAAAAUCGAUCGAUUGAUGCGAUCAUGUAAUAGUUAUAAGGAUUACAUAAAAUAUGCAUACCGAAUGGAUGAACUAACUGGAAAAACUGUGCAUAUAAACGAGAAUGAUGAUUAUAUAAACAUGUAUGAUGUAAAUUUAUUAAAAAAAACUACACAAAGGAUAAGGAAGAAUUUAAGAAACAAUGAUGUAUUACGUCUUUUGGAAGAUGUAAAAAUUGCUACCUCUCCAACUAUAAAAGCGAUUUUUCAAGAAAAGUAUUAUUGUAAAACCUAUUCAACACCACAUAUUAUAGUUACAAAUUUUAUUACUCAUGUUAUGAGUGGAUUGGAUUUUAUCGAAAGUUAUGUGCAACAACAGAAAGAAAAUAAUUUCAAUUAUAUCUAUUCAGAUGAAUAUUUAUUAAUUAAAAAGUUUUUUAAAGACAUUUUUCGACAAUGGGGGAAUACUGCCUUGUUUCUUAGUGGAGGAGCUAUUUUGGGCUUACAUCACUUUGGUGUUUUGGAAGUUUUUUUAAAAUCAUCUAUUAAUAUAAAUUAUUUUGAGGAAUUUUCAUUCUGUUCAAGAGAAAAAACUAUGUACACUACUUGUGCUGUGAAUAAUACAGAUUCUUAUGUGAAUCAUCAAGAAGUGGAUAAGAAAGAAAAACACGUUCAAGGAAAAAAGUUACAACAUGUGGAAAAUGUUAAUAAAAGAUAUAACAUAAAAAAUAAUGCAGGUCCUGCAUCUGAAGGGAGAUCCAAUAUGCAGCGAACCAAACAAGCAAAAGGAAAGAUUGAGAAAGAGAAGGAAAAGACUUCCAAUUUUUUUGUUCCUAAAGAGAAGACGAGUAAGAUAGAGUUAAUUAAAAAUUUUUUUUUUAGUCCUAAGAAAAGUAAAGAACAUUCGGGACAUGCCCAAAUGAUGAAUAUAUCAAAGGAUGAAAUGAAGACUUUGAGAAACUUUCCAUCCGGGAAAGAGAAAACCAAUGAUUACUCCCUCAGUAGUAGCAGUUCCUCUCUGAGUGAUCUUGAUUUGGGCCCUUCUAGGUAUGAACAAGUAGAAGCAGAUCGAAUCUGGAGCAAAGGUGUAAUCGACAAUGAAAGUUAUAAAAAGGGCAUUAACCAUGUUAGGGGGAGUAGCGGCAGUAGUGGCAGUAGCGGCAGUAGUGACAGUAGCGGACACAGAAACAAAGGAAAAGGAACCAUUCAAGAGGAACAGAAUGAGGAGAGAUGUAACCCCAGUUGGCAGAGAUCCAACAAUACACAGACGCAUAAGCUGAAUGAUCGAAAAGGGAAUGGUAUGAGGAAAGUCAGUUAUGAUAGGAGAGGGGAAAAUGGAGAUGAUAAAGUGAGUAGAAAUCGUUUCACAUUGAAUCAGAAGAAUAAUAAACUUUUGUCAAAAAGUGGAAAAAAUAAUUUUGUCCCCAAUUUUGAAGAUAAUAUACUACCACAAAUAAUUUGUGGAACCUCAGCAGGAAGUAUUAUAGCAGCUUGGGUUUGUUCAAGAACAAACAAAGAAUUGUUAGAAGAAUUUAAUAUUGAAUUUAUUUACAAUAUUGUAUCGUGUUUCUCUUCGGAAAAUUGGAUGUACUCAUUUUUUAAUAUAUAUAAAAAAGGUAAUUUUUAUGAUAUAGACAAGAUUGUAACAUUAAUUCAUAAUUUAUAUGGAGAUGUAACAUUUUUAGAAGCUUUUAUAAAAACAAAUUUAGUUUUAAAUAUUACUGUUACAAGAGCUGAAUCAGGAAAUAAUAAUUUCUCAUGUGAUGAAGAUGGUCAUAUGGUUCUAAAUUAUAUGAACUCUCCUAAUGUAUUGAUUUACAGCGCUGUUUUGGCUAGCUGCUCAUUCCCAUACCUCUUACAACCAUUCAAAUUAUUAGAAAAAAAAUAUAAUAAGGAAAAUGUGUACAGACUUAUGUCCAUUAAGGAGGUUAGUAAUGCCAAACUUAUUCUUAACAGCAAUAGUGCUAUUAAUCAGAAGAGCAAUUGGGGUAAGGCAGAAAAAGAGUCUACUAGACUGAGUGUUGUAUGUGGAUCUAGUGAACAAAUCGAGCCUAACGAAUCAAGCGAAUUGUCCGAAAAGGAGACCAAAUCAAAUGCAUCAGAAAAGUGGAAUAACCAUAAGGACAGACAGAAUAAAGCAAAAGACAAAUAUCUUCGGAUAGACAAAAAGGUGAAUUCCACUGGAGUAACGACGGACAUAAAAAUGAAGAAUGAAAUGUAUUAUAAGGAAAAUAUUUCCCAAAAGGUUAAGACUCAUCAACUUGGGCUACACAAAUUGAAGCAAGAGGAUGAAAUAGCCACACGAGGCGAGAAAAAGGAAGAGUUUGAAAAUAUCUUAAAAGGGAAAAAGAAAAGCAUAGAUGUAGCUAGCGAUUUUAGUUCUCUGAUUUGUGCGAGCGAUGCAGACAGUGUGGAUGAGGUAGACAAUGUGGAUGAGGUAGACAGUGUGGAUGAGGUAGACAAUGUAGCUGAGGUAGACAAUGUAGCUGAGGUAGACAAUGUAGCUGAGGUAGACAAUGUAGCUGAGGUAGACAAUGUAGCUGAGGUAGACAAUGUAGCUGAGGUAGACAAUGUAGCUGAGGUAGACAAUGUAGCUGAGGUAGACAAUGUAGCUGAGGUAGACAAUGUAGCUGAGGUAGACAAUGUGAACUGCAUUAGCCACGUCAAAAGGAAGAACCCAGACCAAAUGCAACAUGUUAGUGACCGUUCAGAUAAAAAAGAAAAAAGUAAGGGGAUAGCAACCCGAGAACAUAACACUGAGAGAAGGAAUUUCAAAAGUGGUACAUAUAAAGAGGGGAAUUUGGAUUACGAUGGUUUAAGGAACAAAGGAAGCGAGUGUAUCGAUAUGAAUGAAAAUAAAAAUAUAAAUUUACUAGACGAGAAAUAUACAAUUAUAAACAGUGUACAGUUUAAGAACACAUAUUUCCAUGAUGGUUCUUUGAAGAGUGAUAUUCCUGCACACAAUCUUAAUCAAAUUUUAUCUGUCAAAUAUAAAAUUGUUUCACAAGUGAAUCCGCAUGUGUUUCCUUUUACUGGAGUUAGGGUUCAUGGUGAAGCUGGAAAACCCGUCAAAUGGAGAGGAAAUUCAGGGCAUUGGAGAGCAGGUUUUUUAAUGUCAUCUAUGGAAAUAUUAUUUAAAGAAAAUAUGAGAUACAUUUUAAGACUCAUGGCUUUGCUAGAUUUAUCUCCCACCAUUAGAGGACUCAACGCAGGGUCGAUUGCAAUGCAGAAUUACAAUGGAGAUAUAACACUGCACCCGAAACGUCUAUACCUAAAGCACUUCAAACUAAUAAGUGUGUCAAAUUAUGAUGAUGUAGAAUGGUAUAUACAACAAGGGAGACAAAUGACAUUUCAGAAAUUACCCUUAAUUCUGAAUAGAAUGAAAAUAGAAAAAAAAUUGAUCAAAAUGAAGAAAUCCUUUUUAUCGUGA